UAAAAAGCGCAGUUUCGAAUUAGUGCGCAUUUGUUAGCUGCAGUGAUUGGUAGAACAAUUGACAAAGAUAAUAAUUUGAAAACAAAAAAUGUUGGAAUUGAUGCGCAAUCAUUGGACUCUGCUACGAGAUGUAUAUCAACACGAUCGCACAAAUCUAACGGGCUACGAUCUAAUCAAUAGCUAUAUAAAUUGCAACGAACAAGCGAAUCAUGUGAAAAUUUACACGACGGACGAUGAUUGGAUGGAUCAUGGAACAUUUGUGCUAAUCCACAACAAUAUCAACAAAUCAGAUAUAUAUCUAAAUACUCUAAGUGGUUCGUUCAGGGAUCUACAAAAUCUGCUGAAUUCUCUUCAACUGAACGAUCGAGUCUGGUUUUGUGGCUAUAAACAGGUAUUGAAGUUACCUGUAAAUAACUUUUGCCUUGAGAGAGGACUAAGUUUGAAGAAGUUGGAUCAAGUGGAAACAUAUGUAUAUUAUUUACCUCAAACGACUAUAGAAUCAUUCGAUAGUCGUUUAAUUGCAGAUAUAAAUUUCGCUCCAUUGAGCCUUAAGCACGCUACUUUAGUUGAUGAACAUUGGCCAUAUCGUUCAACUGAUUCUUUGGCACUGAUCGAGGAUCGCAUCCAAAAUCAUAUUAGUGUUGGCGCUUUCGAUGGAAAUGGUCAACUUUUGGCCUGGUGCUUGAGGUGGGCUGUCCAGGGUAGUCUCAGCAAUUUGUAUGUGUUACCCUCUUAUAGGCGUCUCGGUCUGGCUUCUUUGCUGGUGCGUCAUAUGGCUAAAGAAAUUGCCGCAACUGGAGCCGAGGUUUUGGCCACGAUUGCCUUUGGCAAUGAAAUUUCCCAGCUAUUUUUUGAGAAACUUGGUUUCAAGCUUAUCGACAGUAUAGUCUUCACCAUGGUGCCUGCACUCUGAUUCUACUGUAUAAUUAUAUAUAUCAUAUAUCAAACAUGAAAUACCUCAACAAAAUAUAGAAUAUAAAGCUCAUUGCUGAAUGUAAACAAACAAGUGCUCUUUAUUAAAUAUAAAUUUUACAUGAUAAUUAUUACUAUUAAAAUGUGUUACACAACGUUUAUUUAUUUUCAGAUAAUUUAAAAUUAACUUAUUUCAAUUUUACUGAAUGUAUUUGAAUUCGCUCCAAUUGCUCAUAAUCCACUAUAACACACUGCAGCUUCAAUUACUUUGAACUUCACCCGUAACCGUUUACCAGCGAAUAUGCAGAAAAAAUACUCUGCAUGCUAUUGUAACCAACCAGCAACAGAUCAGCGAAGC